AUGGCCGUGGCCAUGAGAAUGCUGGGUGGUCCUUUACUCAGUGUCUUGAAGGUCAUGAACCUGUUGGAACUUGUGGAUCAGCUGAGCCCCAUCUGUCUGAAUGAUUACAGAGAAAUACACCGAGAGCAUGUGUGCUGCCUCCAGGAGCAACCUGAGGGGACAGCCAAGAGUCGCUACAACCAGCUGAUCCUGGUGGCCACGGCCAGCUCAGGGAGCCCAGAACCACCUUCAGGCCCCCUCCUGGAGCAGGACCAGCCCUUUGUCACAGUGGAUGGACUGUUUGACCUAGGAGAAAAGCCCUUGCAAACCUUGCCCCUAGUGGUGCUAGAAGGGAAUGCUGGCACUGGGAAGACAACACUGGUCAGAAAACUAAUGCUGGACUGGGCCAGCCGCAAGCUGUACCCGGGCCAGUGAUAUGUCUUCUAUGUGAGCUGCAGAGAAGUAACCCUGCUCCCAGGGGCCAGACUGGACCAGCUUCUCUCCUGGUGUUGUGGGGAUAACUAAGCACCUGUCACAGAGAUUCAGAGGCAGCCAGAAAGUUUCCUGUUUAUCCUGGAUGGCUUUGAUGCGCUGCAGAGGCCCUUUGCAGAGGGGGUGCAGAGGCCAAGGCAGAGCCCCAUGGAGUUGGUGCUGCACUGUCUAAUAAAGAGCACCACUUGACCCCUGGCUUUGAAGACUCUGGAAUCCUUGCUGGAAAAACCGUGCCAUGUCCAUGUCCUAGGCUUCUCUGAUGAGAGAAGGAGGUAUUUCAGUUCCUAUUUUACAGAUGAGGAGCAAGCCAGAAGUGCCUUUCACAUUGUAAAAGGAAGUGCUGUUCUCUACAAAGCUUGUCAGGUUCCAGCCAUUUGCUGGGUGGUCUGCUCCUGGCUGAAGAGGCAGAUGUAGAGAAGCCAGGAGGUCUCAGAGACACCCAGUAACGACACUGACAUCUUCAGCUAUGUCUCCACUUUCUUGCCACCCAGUGCUGAUGGGGAGUGCUUUGAGCUUACCCGGGACAGGGUCCUGAGGGGUUUGUGCUCCUUGGCAGCUGAAGGAAUCCAGUUCCAGAUGUUCCUGUUUGAAGAAGCUGGCCUCAGGAAGCAUAGUUUAGAUGGAUCCAGACUUUCCUCUUUGCUGAACAGCAGUGAUUACCAACAGGGACUUGACAUCAAGAAGAUGUAUAGUUUCUGCCACAUUAUUUUCCAAGAAUUUUUCCAUGCCAUUUCCUACCUGGUGAAAGAGGACCAGAGCAAGCUAGGUGGAGAUUCCUGCAGAGAAGUAAAUAGGCUGCUGUAUGAUAAGAAGCCAGGAAAUGAGGAGAUGACCCUUAGUUUGCAGUUCUUAUGGGAUAUAUAAAAAAAAGAGAGCUCCUACUUGCAACUUAAAUUCUGCUUUAAAAUUUCCCCCUCAAUAAAGCAAGAUCUGAAGCAUUUUAAAGAAAAAAUGGAAUCUAUAAAGCAUAACAGGACCUGGGAUUUGGAAUUUUCCCUGCAUGACACUAAAUUUAAAAAUUUGGCAAAGGGAGUUCGUACACUUAGGGUAGGACAUUCAAAUGAAAAGAAAUCCCAUGGCCGGAACUCACUUUUUGUAAAACCAGCUUGGAUGAUGGACAGAAAAAGGAAGGAAAAUGUUCCCUUGUAG